AUGGGAGAGAUACAUUCAGCUUACAUUCUAUCCACUGAACCCCGUCCCAACUCCCAUCAUCGACCUCUCACAAACGAGCCAAAAAAAACCUCAUCUCAGAAAUGGGGAUUUUUUCAUAUAAUCAAUCAUGGAGUUUCCUCUGAUCUUAUCAAUAAGGUUGCAAAUGAGACCAAAAAACUUUUUGAACUAAGAAUACAAUACCCUUCUAAUGAUGAUCCAAAUGACUUGGACCUAUGGACUCUAAAAAAUCAUUGGCCUCAAUCCCUUCCACAUUUUAGGGAAACAAUAGCAGAAUAUGGUGCAAAGCUAGAAAAGCUGUCUUUGGAGUUAAUUUCAUUGAGCUUAGGCUUACCUGGUGACAAAUUCUUUGACUGCUUCGAGAAUCAAUUAAGCCUUGUGAGACUCAAUUACUAUCCUCCAUGCCCUUCUCCUGAUUUGGCACUUGGAAUUGGUCCUCACAAGGAUCCUUGUGUCUUGACUAUUGUUGCACAAGAUGAUACUGGAGGUUUACAAGUUAAGAACAAUUCCGUUGGCGGUUGGGUUCCUAUUGAACCUAUUCCUGGUGCAUUGGUUGUUAACGUGGGUGAUGUUUUUCAGGUUUGGAGCAAUGACAAGUAUGACAGUGCAAUACACAGGGCUACAGUAAACUCACAAAAAGAAAGAUAUUCGUAUCCAUUCUUCUUUUUUCCAGGUCACGAUAUUAUGGUGCAGCCUGCAGAAGAGCUAGUGAGUGAGAAAGAUCCUGCAAAAUACAAACCAUACAAUUUUGGAAAAUAUUACUCUAAUAGAACCCGUCAUGAUUUCAACAAAGAAAAGGUUGCGGGUAAAGAGAUUCAUGACUUCAAGAUUUCAGAUUAG